UAAAGAAGGAACCACUUACCCCCCCCUUUCUAAAGAUCAGGGCUCACCAAACACACUGAAGAAGGUAAUCUCCAAGUAGAGAAGCUUCCCUUGUCCCUGCCAGCCCUUAAAUGAGGUUAGGAGGGAUGAGCCAGGGUCUGCCCCUUCCUGUAGCCCAGGUGAAUUGUUUCCACCUGUGUUCCCAGGGCUGGUUAUAUAUGGCCCUUCACCAGCUGCCUUAAUGAUGUUAUUUAGGCUGUGACCUAGUGAUUCCUGUGCACUCCCUGAUAUGGGAUCAGGACAGGUGUAGGGAGAUGAAGGCAGUUAGGAUGAUAGGACGUUUUCUUGUUUGAGUAAUUCUUUGAAAUCUUGAACAGGAGCCCUUUCCAAUCUUUUACUUUAGUGCUUGGGAGUUGUUUUUUUCUCUGUUUUAUUCUAUUUUUUUUUUUUUGGGGGGGGGGGGGUAUUGUUAGUUGUAUCUUCUUGAAGAUAGAUUUUUUCAUUUUCUUUAGGGAAACUGAGAAAAUCUUUAGUGUCUGUACUUCAUUGGAAUGUUAUCAAUUGAGCUUUGAAACCUUCUGUGUGAAGUGGUCUGGUAAUUGGUAACAGUCACAUAUUGAGGAAGUCACCAUUGCCAACUAGGAUAUGACACUGAAUUGUACAUCGGGGAAAUUAAUCUGUUCUUAGGGGUUGAAUUACCCUGCUACAUCACAGUGGGUUUUUAGCCCGUUUUUUGAUGAAGAUGGCAGCUAACAAUGCAGUGCUGAACAGACUGGAGCAGAAGGGUGCAGAGGCUGAUCAAGUUAUUGAAUACCUCAAACAGCAAAUUGCCCUGCUCAAAGAGAAAGCUAUCUUGCAGGCAUCUCUCCGAGAAGAGAAGAAGCUCCGUGUGGAAAAUGCAAAACUGAAGAAAGAAAUUGAAGGGCUGAAACAGGAGCUGAUUCAGGCUGAAAUUCGAAAUGGAGUAAAACAGGUUGCAGUUCCUUCUGGUACAACUGUUUCUACAGCUUCAUUUUCAGAAGAUGUUCCACAGCCUACAGCAGUUGCAUCAUCUGGUUCCAAAGAUCACAUUAAAGGUGAAGAUGAAGAAAAGAAAAAGAAGGAAAAAAUAGAAAAAAAAGGUGAUAAGAAGGAGAAGAAACAGCAGCCAGCUGCUGGAAGUAGCGAUUCAAAACCUGUAGAUGUAUCUCGUCUGGAUCUUCGUGUUGGCUGCAUUAUUACCGCGGAAAAGCACCCAGAUGCAGACUUGUUGUAUGUUGAAAAGGUGGAUGUUGGUGAAGCGAGCCCAAGGACUGUUGUCAGUGGUUUAGUGAAAUAUGUUCCCCUGGAUCAGAUGCAGAAUCGGAUGGCAAUACUGCUCUGUAACUUGAAGCCUGCGAAGAUGAGAGGAGUAGUAUCUCAAGCAAUGGUGAUGUGUGCCAGCUCCCCAGAAAAAGUGGAAAUUCUGGCUCCUCCACCCGGGGCGGUAGCUGGGGACAGAAUCACUUUUGAAGGUUUUCCAGGAGAUCCUGAGAAGGAACUUAAUCCCAAGAAGAAGAUUUGGGAGCAAAUCCAACCUGAUCUUCAUACCAAUGACCAGUGUGUGGCUACAUACAAAGGAGUUCCAUUUGAAGUGAAAGGAAAAGGAGUCUGCAGGGCAGAGACCAUGGCAAACAAUGGAAUUAAAUAAAUGGUUGCUAGCUCCUUGUUCAGAUGUUGAAGUGGAAAGUAAUGCGAGCACAAUAAAAAACAUGAAUAUAUAACCCUCUGAAAUGCAUGUCUAAUAGCUUUUUUUUGUUUGAUUCCUUUCCCAGAGAUGCAUAAUGUUAUACCUGUUACACUAACAAUUCACUCAUCUCCAUAUUGACUCUCUUUGAGGUUGUGUUCUGUGCAGUCAUUAACCACUCAGUGAUUAAUUACCAAGGCUCAUUCAUGGAAGGACUAAAGGCUGAUGAUCGUAUUUUCUAGAUAACUGAAAAGUUAAGAGGAUCCAUUAAGCAAGAGCAUCUCAAUAAGGAAAACUUUCUGCCCUAUUCCUUGUGUGCUAACCUCAAUGCUAACAGUUGGUCAGAAGACGGCAGCUGUUUUCAUUCUUUUCAUCUUUCAACAGUUUCAGUCCUCUUAAGCAUUUUCCAGAUAUAUUAUAAACUUCUGCAACUUUGUUUUCAGCUGUGUUUUCUGAGUAGUCUGCGAACUGUUGUAACGGGAGUAUUAAACUAUGGUCCCCUAUACUCCAGAAUAUGCAAAAUGAUGUACCAAAUAUGUUGCUUUGCUAAAAUAGUUCUGGAGUUUCACCUUUUCCACCUCAAUAGUUCCUUCCUAGUGAGGGAGAUUACUAAUUAAGGAUGAGUAGCUAAUAGAUAGUCAAGAAAAUGGAGUCAAAUAUGAAAGACUUGGUUUUCAAUGCUCAAAACACGCAUCUUUUUCCAUUUUAAUAUAUAUUUUGAAUAAUAUUUUGUAUGAAAUAUGCUUUGAUUUUUUUAAACAAAUUGCUUCUUUUAGGUUUUAUUUGAAUUAUUCAUAAUAAUGGAUUUAAAACAGGCACAAAUACUAUGGUGUUAUCAUUAAAUUGUUCCUUUUUAACUCUUGCCUUUCAAUAAUCUGAAAGUAACCGUUGCAGAUCAAUUCACAAUAAAACUUCAAAAGUAACUAUUUAGAAAUGCUUCACAUGUUUCAGCAUGUACUAUUUAAUUAACUGUCUACUGUCUAACUACUCACAUGGUAAGCACUUCUCUAACCGCUGAUGUAAGAAACUUACCCAACUUGGAUUUCAUAGGCUUUGAACUUACAUAGUAAGCUGGGAGAUAAGAAAAAAAAAAAAA